GAGUGUAAACGCGUCCGGGAUCGGUGAACCGAUAAUUCCGAAAGAUCAACGCGAGGAUCUCGUUUCGAUGACUGUAGACAACGAUUUGCGAAAGCAGCAACAGAUGGUUCCGUCUCUAAGUGCGACGAAUAGUAGUGCAAAUAAAUUGAAUGGAAAUUCGGAUACCGACAGAAUCGAUAUUCGUGUUGUCGGGUCAAACGGAAAUGAGACUAUGAAUGUAAAGGAGGGUACGCAAACUGUAACGGAGGCUCGCGAGUAUCACGAAUCCGAUAAUCAUUUACGGAGGAGAUUAUUAUGGAUUUCUGUCGACACCGAAACUGAAGAUUCUUUGACAAAGAGCACGGAAUUAGUUCUAAAUUCCACGAUUGAGAGUCAUAUCGAGGAUGUUAUGGACGAGAAUCGGCAGCAAAGUAAAAUAAUUAAUUUUGCAGAUUCCGGAAAAAUGUUAAUUAGAGUCAAACGCGACGAUAACGCUGAAGAAAAUUCUGCGUUGCAAAAUAAUUGUAAUCUUCAGAUGUCCGACGCAAAUCAUCAUGCUCGUUACAAACGAUUUACAUAUUCCUUUGAGAAUCUUGAAUCCAAUAAUGCAGCAGAGAAUGUGGAGGCCGGAAAAGAAGUGGCAGUAGAUCACGAUGAAAAAGAAGAAAAUAAUGAAGAGUAUGAAAAUGUCGAAAGAGUUAAAGGGGAUUAUAAUGAUAGUGAAGAGGAUGUAAUGGAAGAUAAUGAUAGAGCAAUGGAAAGCGAAAGAAAAGGACUAAUUUCAUCUAGGCAUCGGAUCGAUCCUGUGAGAGCCAAAAUCGAUAUGUUAAUUAAGCAAAAGCUUGAAAAGAAGAACAAGAAUAAGGAUGCCGAUUACAGGAGAAAAAAACGUAGUAUGUUGGACAUGAUCGAAUAUUAUGAUUAUGACGAUAAUAAUGAAGAACAAGAGCGCGAUGCGCAAAUAAAUAAGCAGGGAAUUCAGGAUAAAAAUGAUGAAUUUUUGAUCGAAGAUGAAAGAUCGGAGAUGAAACGUGCUGCAGAAGAUAAAACAACGUGUAAACCAAGUGAUUUAGGAAAGAAAAAGAAUGAGAACGCCGAGGCGAUGAUGAAGGAGGAACGCGAGAAGACAAAGAAUAAAGAGCCAAAGGAGCAAAUCAUUGUCGAUCUUGGUGAACGUAAGAAUAAGACUUUAAAAAAUGAUCAGAAAGACAAGAAACCAUCCGGUGCGUCAGAAUCAAACCUCGGAGAUGCGUUGAGUAAAAGAAAACAACUGUCGACUGAGAAAAACUCGGGAAAGAUUCGUCAAAGCGAAGAUUUUAGAAAUAAUGUUUAUCGAGAAGAAUCGGCAGAUUUGAAACCGAAAUGGUAAAUUGAAUUAAUUUGUGAGUUAUAAGUGAUAAUAUCUUGUCGUGACUUUGUUAUUAAUGAUAUAACAAAUAAAUAUUUUAAGCUAUCUUUUAUUUAAAAUAUUAUAAUUCAAAUGACCAAAAAAUAGACGUCUGAUAGGUUGGACCAAUCAUUUGAGAACAGAAUGGCCUUGCUGAAGAAUUCAGAAGUGGCAUUAAACGAUAAUCAUAGAAAGAAAAUUAGAUUGAAUGAACCUUUGGAAAUCAUAUCUAGUGCACGUUUAGACGUAAAUCCUGACGUUAUCGAAAAUAUCUUGUUAGAUAUUCAGCCUAUCAAAAUCGUGGAGCAAAACAGAAAGCUAGAGGCCUGGAAAGAUUUUUAUGAAGACUUUGAAAACGAACGGUAUCAUUGCUUGUAAAUCGUAUCGCAGAAUAUAUA